AUGUCAGGACUGCUGUCAGAGGUGGAAAGCAUGGAUACGCUUCCGUUUGUGACGGAUACGAAUCCGAGUAGCAGUAGCAACGGCAAGCCGAAGCUGGUUGCGCCCUCGAUCGAGGAGGUGGACGGGGACCCAGAGGUGCUGCGGAGUCUGCGAGGCCAGGGCCGGUAUUUUGGUGUCGAGGACGGCGACAAAGACAGCAUCAAGGAGGCCGUGCCCAAGUGCAGCAACUGUUCACAGCGUGGGCAUUUGAAGAAGCACUGUACGCACGUCAUCUGCACGUACUGCGGGUCCAUGGACGACCAUUACUCGAAACAGUGUCCGAAGGCGAUCAAGUGCACUAACUGUAAUGAGAACGGACACUACAGGUCGCAGUGCCCGCAGAAAUGGAAGAGGAUAUACUGUACGCUGUGCAACAGUAAGAGACACUCCAGGGACAGAUGCCCAACCAUAUGGAGGGUGUACUUGCUGCGGGAUAAGAAGGACAGGCUCAAGAAGGUGCCUUUCGAGAAGGUGUACUGCUACAACUGUGGGUCGCAGGGCCAUUUUGGUGACGACUGCUGGGGUCCACGGUCCUCGAGAGUCCCCAAGGACGAUGGAAGCGCGUUCUCGGGCGAUAAUCUUGAUAAAACUUUGGGCGAACAGUACUACGAGUACCUGGACGCGUUGGAAAGACAGGACGCACAGUACAACUCGUACAACAACAGCGGGACAAUCGACUACAACGAUUACGAGUUCGACGAUGCAUCGUACGAUAGCUACAUCCCAAAUGAACCUAGCGCGGGCAACAGUAGCAGGAGGGGUGGAAAGAAAAGGAAGAGAAACGAUAGUGGUGGCAAUAACAAUUCGGCAAGAAAUGGGAACAAACAGCAGCGGCAACCACAACCGACACAGGUCGGCCGGUCCUUGAACGUGUCGUAUGGCGACUCGAAGGGCCACCCGUUGGACUUCCCCAGGUCCAACAGAGGCGGGAACGUUGCGCAGAACAUGUCGGGCUCGCGGUACGCCUCCAACGGAGCGAAUAAUAACAAUAAUAACUACCCACAGUCGCAAAGAAACAAUUAUAAAAACUAUAACUCGUACAAACCUUUUAGAAGCGGCGUCCUAAACAUGAAAAGAUGA